AUGCCGAGCAUAUCGACUGAUGAGGAUUUUGAAAAUCCCAGGCCGGUCGAGUCUAUAUCGCAGGGUAUCAGUAUACCGACUUCGAACGCCCCAAAUUCUCCUCAAGAAUUCGACGUAUUUUCUCGUGGAAAUUCGGCAGGAUCGACUGGACAUUUGAUUGACAACCAUGCUCUCAAUGGACUGAGGCCAGCAUCAUUUUCUACACGCUUCAGACAAGUAGGCGGGGUCAAUAGCAUUGAUAACUUUGCCCGGUCAUGGCAACGAGCUGCAAAUUUUCCAGAAGUGCUUCCUCGUCGCCCCUCAUUUACAACAAUUGACUCCAACGAAGCAAGAACCGCACAUGACGCUUUUUUACCUCGAACCUGUCAAUUGCCUGGCCAGGACACUGACCUUACCCAUCCAUUACUUGGCGUCGAGGAUGAGGAAGAUGAUGAUGACCUGGAUGGCCAAGGUCCAUCAAGCAAAGGAAUCACUAGCGUUCUCGGAUCGUCGCUCGAUAGAAGCUUUGGGACGUCGUACGGUACUAUCACCUCACGCGUUAGCGAAGCGACGCGGAGACAUGCUAUACAAUUCCACAGAGAGCAACAGACACGCCUGGAUGCGCCCGUGAGUGAAGGCGCCGAACCUCUACUCGUCAAACAAGUACACCAUCAAGAUGGCACCCAGGAGAGUAUCGUUGUUGGCCAGUCGACCGUUCCACAGACGAUUUUCAACUCUGUGAAUGUUCUAAUCGGAAUCGGGCUCUUGAGUUUACCGCUGGCAAUGAAACAGGCGGGGUGGCUCCUCGGUCUCGUCUUUCUUCUCUUCGCUGCUAUGAUAACGUCUUAUACAGCUAAGAUACUGGCCAAGUGUUUAGAUGUUGAUCGGAGUCUUGUUACUUACGCUGAUCUGGCCUACGUAAGCUUUGGUAGCCACGCACGCUUGGUGACAAGUCUUUUGUUCUGCCUGGAACUUUUAGGGGCUUGUGUCGCUCUGGUUGUGCUUUUCGCCGAUAGUCUCCAGGCUCUGAUUCCGGGACUGAGCAAUCUGCAGUGGAAAAUCAUUUGUGGCGUCAUCCUUAUUCCUCUGAAUUUUGUCCCUCUACGAUUUUUGAGUGUGACCAGUGUUCUGGGAAUAAUUUCAUGCACAUCUAUCGUGAUGUUAAUAUGCCUCGAUGGGCUCCUCAAACCGGAUGCUCCGGGCUCUCUUCACCAACCAGCCAGGACUUCUUUAUUACCAAACAAUUGGCGGACCGUGCCUCUUAGUUUCGGUCUGAUCAUGUCACCCUGGGGUGGCCACGGUGUCUUUCCCAAUAUAUACAGAGACAUGAGACACCCACGCAGAUAUAGACAAAGUUUCAUAUUCUCUAACGCAUAUAUACAACAGUAUUCCCUAGAUUGUGCAAUGGCUAUUGUGGGGUGGAUGAUGUUUGGUGACGAAGUACGGGAUGAAGUUACCGCCAACGUUUUACUGACCAAUGAAUAUCCACGUGCAAUAUCUAUCUGCAUCAUAGGAUUUAUCGCAGUCAUUCCUAUCACUAAGGUGCCUCUGAACUGUCGACCCCUGGUGGCUACGUUUGAAGUUCUCUGUGGACUUGGACCGAGUCCUGCCUUAUUUCCGGAGCAUCCCAAAGGCUUGCGAGAAACAAUUCGGCAAUCUUCGCAAGUCAUCAUACGUAUCCUUGUUGUGGCCAUUAUCGUAUUGAUGGCAAUCCUUUGCCCAUCCUUUGACCGAAUCAUGGCGUUGAUGGGCUCUGCCUUGUGCUUCACAAUCUGCAUCAUCCUGCCACUUGCAUUUUAUUUGAAGAUUUUUGGGCAAGAAAUCAGCCGAAAAGAGUGGAUCCUAGACUGGUCGCUUCUCUUAGUAUCAUCCCUAUUUGCAAUUGUUGGGACCAUAUGGGCCUUCUUGCCGGAGGAUAUGAUUUCUGUACAAUCAAGUCUUUCGAAUCAGUCCUAA